AUGGAGGAUGUAGUGGCUUAUGUGGAAGUGUGGUCAGCCAAUGGAACAGAAAAUUAUUCAAAGACAUUUACAAACCAACUUGUGGAGAUGGGGGCAAAGGUCUCAAAAACUUUUAACAAGCACGUAACUCACGUUGUGUUCAAAGACGGAUACCCACGCACCUGGGACAAAGCCCGAGAGAGAGGCAUCAAGCUCGUCUCUGUGCUCUGGGUCGAAAAGUGCAGGACGGCCGGGGCGCACGUCGACGAGGCCCUGUUCCCUGCGGCGAACACCCACGAACACCUGCCCUGCCUCAUUAAAAAAAAACAUAGGUGUAUGCAGCCCAAAGAUUUUACUCCUAAAACACCAGAAAAUGAUAAGAGACUUCAAAAGAAAUUUGAGAAAAUGGCUAAUGAGCUACAAAAGCAAAAAACAACAUUAGAUAACGAUGUCCCUGUCCUCUUGUUUGAGUCCAAUGGUGCCUUGAUGUACAGCCCCACAGCGACCGCGUACAGAGGGCGUCACCGCGCCAUGGAGCAGAGGCUGCAGGAGAUGAAGGAGAAGCGGGCAAACCUCUCCCCGACCUCUUCCCAGAUGAUGGAAAAGUCUUUCGAUAACCCAGCUCACGCCUCCUGUGAAGCUUCUUUGAAUAUCUCACAUGACACUUUGUGUUCAGAGGACUCCUGGGCUGGCGGCCUGCAGUCAUCUUUUGACGAUCCUUGUGGAGCCUCGGGGCAUGGGGAUCCGGAGAGGAAAUUGGGAGGACCCGCUGACGACACUGGAAGCCCCCUGUGUGCUUCGUCACCGGCAUUGGAAAGGAGCAGCGUUCGCUCACCCGCGUCUCCCAGGUACCUCGGCCGGCUAGCACCUCAGAUGCCUGAGCGCCAUCAUGCGGAGGAGGACGCGGGUUGGCAGACGAACCCUGCCGGCGUGGCGGCCACCCCUGACCAGCAGCCUCCGGGAACUAAAGGCCACCAUCUGGGACCCACAGCCAGGAGCUCCUCCGCGAAGAGAAAGCGCCCAUUGGAGCACACCCACGCGCCCCCCGAGGGGGGGCCAAAGAAGCCCAAGUGCGGCCGGAAGUCUGCUGUGCGGCUGUUCCCCUCCCCCAGGGUCCAGGCCCCGGCCAGCCCUGCCUUGGGGACUCCUCCUGGGGGCACGUCCUCCUAUGAGGAUUACUUCUCACCAGACAACCUCCGGGAGAGGAGCCUGGGGACUCUCCCUCCAGGGCUGCAGUCACCUCCCGGCCCUGCCCACCCCCCUUGCAGAGCCGGGCUCUCCCGGCGGGAGCGAGCCAGCAUCCUGGGCAUGUCCGACUUCUCCUGCCUGGGCAAGGACCCCAGCUUGGUCCCCGCUACCAGUGCCACUGCCCAGGCCAGCCCAGGGCUUCAUGCACCUGCAAGUGGGGGGUCCCACGCACCUGUCCCAAGGAACAUGCCUGCUGCUGAGGCCACUCCGGGGCGCGGCCCCCCUGAGGAUGCUCAGAGAGGAGAUGGGGGCCCGGAGGAACACCACGGGGCCGGCACCCCUGGCAGCAAGGAGAGCGGGGACCCGGCGGACGUGAGGCGCCCGCGGGAAGAGGACGCCACCUCUGGACGGUUGAGUUCCCCUGCAGGUGUCAGGCCUGGACCGGCGAGGCAGGAUGUCCCGGAAGGCACCCAGGAAGCCCGUGAGGACCUUGCCAGACCCGCGGCCACGAAGAAGAGAGCGAGAGGCCCCAAGCCAGUGAGAACAUUGGUCAUGACCAGCAUGCCCGCUGACAAGCAGAGCAUCGUCACCCGGGUGGUGGCCAAACUGAAAGGCUUCUCGUUGGCCCGAGAAGUGUGUGAGAGCACCACCCACGUGCUGGCCGGGCAGGCGCUGCGCACCCUCAACGUGCUGCUGGGCCUGGCCCGCGGCUGCUGGAUCCUCUCCUACGAGUGGGUCCUGUGGUCUUUGGAGCUGGGUCACUGGAUUUCUGAGGAGCCCUUCGAACUCUGCGACUCCUUUCCCGCAGCUCCGCUCUGCCGCCAGGAGCGCCACCUGUCCGCGGGGCAGUACCAGGGGACGCUGUUCGCCGAUCAGCCCACGAUGUUCAUCUCACCAGCCAGCGACCCCCCCAGAGCUAAGCUGUGGGAGCUGGUCCUCCUGUGUGGGGGUCGGGUCACCGGGGUCCCUCGCCAGGCCAGCCUCUUCAUCGGGCCCUGCCAGGGGAGGAGGAAGGAGACCGUCACGUACCUGUCGGAGAAGUGGAUCCUUGACUCGGUGACCCAGCACACAGUCUGUGCCUUCGAGGACUACCUGCUGCGGCAGUGACACCGCCCGCACCUGAGGCGGCUCCGUCCGAUGCUCCCGAGACCGGAGUCCAUGGGAGGAGCCCCCAGAGGGCCGUCCCGCCGCCGCCUGCAUCCCCCCGUGGCCCCGCGUCCGGAGGCCGGGCUGCCCGGGCACCUGUGUCUGGCAGUGGCCGUGGUCAGAGCUCCAGACCGUGGUCUCUCGCCUGGUAAAUAAAGAGUGUGACCGGUUCAUGGUCUCGUUGCAGA